CUCCGCGCCGGUGCCGCGUCCGCGCCGCACACUCAGCGCGACUACACCAUGUUCACGCUCUGCCUGGCCAUCCGGCAAAAAGACAACAGAAAGCGAUAGUGUUCCAUAUAAGUGAAGCUUUGUCUAGUGACCGAUCGACAGUGGACUUAACGCCCGAGUUUAUAAAGACGCAGUGUUCAGUGCAACGAUCUGAAUAAGGAUAUAGCGAUGACGUUCUCUGGGAAUAUGAAAGAGAGUAAGCCGAGAACCGUAAAAGACUCCUGGGAGUCAGAGCUUGGCUAUGGCUGGUCGAGGAGCGGGCAGCGUCGAUGCCGCUCGCACCGGCCGCCGGAGUCGACGAUGUCGGUGAGCAGUGACAUCAGAUUCACGCGCCGCAAGCUCAGCCGCUCCUGCCGAGGUUGCUGCGCGGCGCUGGCCGCUCUACUUGUGCUGUUAUUGCUGGCUGCCGUCGCUGUUUACCUCGGCCACAUGUACCUGUUCGGGGACCCGCUGAACCGGCAAACCUUUCGGGGCUCGUUCGUGGCCUCCUCGUGGGGAGCGCAAGACGACCGUGACGACGCAACCGAGGUCAAAGGGAACAGUACGAGAGAUGUAGAGUUGCGACAGGCACUCUAUGACACGUACGCAAACUCAGAGUUGAGGUCCUGCUUUGUCGCGGCCGAAAUUCUUGCCUUGGAUAACGUCGAAAAAGGUACUCGAAUACAUUUCGAAGUAUCAUUCGAACCUAUUUUUACGGGCGUCACCACCGCCGAAGUAUCCACCGUACUGACGCGGGAACUUCAAGCACCCUACUUCCAAAGAUUAGGCGUGCUUCCAGCAACACUGCAUAUUGAGGAAAGCUCAAUAAUAUCAUCACAGGCUUUAAAAGAAGGUGAUUCACCAAUCACAGAGAUAUCAACAACUGAAGUUGUGGCGUUCGAAAUCGAAGAGGAUCUCCGAGAAUGUUCUCCUUUGACUUUGACCCUGUGCUCACAUCUACCAUACAACAUUACAACGUAUCCAAACCUAGUGGGGCACUCUUCCAAAGAAGCCAUGCUACGCGAUCUCGUCGCUUUUAGAGAGCUAUUAGAUGCAGAAUGCUCGUAUCUAGCGCAGUUGUCAACCUUAACCGUGACAACGGAUUUCGUAUGCCAAAUGCUUCAACCUCGCUGCGAUGAAGACAGGCUGGUGAGGCCGUGCCACGCGUAUUGCCGCGCGUUUCACGCGGGCUGCGGCGCGCGGCUGCCGGACCGACUGCGACCGCACUUUGACUGCUCGCGCUUCCCCGACUACUUCGGCCCAGGCUCUUGUCUAACCGAACCAGAUUGCAUGGGUGGUCUACAACGUGUUGCCCUGUCCAGGCGCGCCUGCGACGCGGUGCCGGACUGCGCGGACGCGUCGGACGAGCGCAGCUGCGCGCACUGCGCGGCGGCGGGGCUCGGCGCUCUGCGCUGCGCUCUGUUGCCGCGCUGCCUUCCUGCACAUCUGCGCUGCGAUGGCACUCCCGAUUGCGCCGAUGGCAGUGAUGAAGCUGGUUGCUUAUGGGUGACCCGUUCCUUGGCAUCGUGGAAGCGUGAGACAGCGGAGUCGACGCUGGGCGCAGUGCGGAGUCGCGCCGGCUACGCGGUGUGGGCGGAGCGCGGCCGCGUUGGCAAGGUGUGCGCCGCGCCCUACGAGGCCGACAAGCAAGCGCUCAUGAGCCUCGCCACCUCGCUCUGCACUGCGCUUACUUUCAAAACUGCUGUAUCCGCGGAGGCGGUGCCUGAUGGAGAGGAAGAGCUCGAAGAAGACACCACUGAAGAUACCUUACAUGAAAGAGCAAGAAGAGACAUCCCUGAAUAUGUACAAAUAGUCGACCCUUCAGCGCCAGAAAUUGCAUUUAUUAAAACAGACUGUCCACAACGGAGAGUCAUCAAGAUUGUCUGCGAUCAGUUAGAAUGCGGUUUGGCGUCAGCGCGCGGCGGGCGCACAGCGCAGGGGGUGGAGGGGCUGCCGCGGGGCGCGCGGCCGGGCGACUGGCCGUGGCACGCCGCGCUGUUCCGCACGCACGUGCACGCCUGCGACGCCGUGCUCAUCCAUCCCGCCUGGCUUAUCACUACGGCAUCCUGUUUCCAGGGUCAACCAAAAGCAGAGUGGACAGCUAGAUUAGGCAGUGUACGCAUUCAGAGCACUACGCCUUGGCAACAGGAGCGGCGCAUCGUGGGCAUGGUGCGCUCGCCCGUGGAGGGCAGCAUGCUGGCCAUGGUACGACUAGAAGAGCCAGUCGAGAUGACCGACUUCGUACGCCCCGCUUGCCUGCCCGACGACGGCCUUAAGAUAGAUGAGCAAAGCAUCUGCAAUACACUUGGUUGGACAAGAAACAGGGAUCAGUUACAAAGAGUACAUGUUGUGCCAACGGCAAUGAACACAUGUGAAAAUGUCAGCAUAGCGACUGGAAAUGGAAUAUGUGCCGAGCCGUUAUAUGACCAAGACGAUUGUGACGAAGAAGAAUAUGCUGGAAGUUCAAUGAUGUGCUUUGAUGAAAAAUCAAAACACUGGUCUUUGAUUGGAGUCAGUGGAUGGCGGAUUGCAUGCUCGAAAAUUGGACUCGGACGACCUCGUAUAUACGACGCAGUAACCUCCCACAUUGAGUGGAUCAAACGAACCAUCACCAACUCCUCAAGCUGACUUAAACACCACAAAAGACUGCAAAAUAAUGUUCAACCACUGUUAUGUAUUUUAAUGUAGCUUGUAAGAUUUGUUAAGUUUUAUGUAUAAUAAAAGUUUAGAGUGAGUGAAUUUAAAGUGAUAGUGGUAGAUAUGUAUUUACGUAGCUACAUAAAUACAUAUCUACCUUAGUAGACAUCUACCGAGUAACUGUGUCUUACUUUAGAUUGAGGUUGAACCACUUGGUUAAGCAAAGACGAUGUUGCUGGCAGACUUAGUAUUGUUUGAAACAAAUUUUAUACAUUAAAAAAAUAAUAGUAAUCCUAUUUGCGAGGUCGGGGGUUCGAGCCCAGGCACGCACCUUUCAGGGUUAUGUGCAUGUUAAGCAGUUAAAUAUCACUUGCUUGCAUGUGGAAACCUGCAUU